AUGGUAGCUCCUAGCGACUUUAAUAAGAAUCGAGGCAGGGUAGUAAUAGCACCUAGUUUACAGCAAUCCAGCCAUCCAACCUCUCUUAGCGAUCCUCAGGGUAGAGUAAGGUUGCCAAACAUAAAUGCUCCCACUUUUUCCGGAAAAUAUGAGAAGUGGAAAUCAUUUUUUCAUUUAUUUACAGCAUUAAUUCACGACAAUAUUCAGUUGACUGACGUUCAAAGGUUUUUAUAUUUAAAGGGUGCCUUCUCACAGGAGGCAUUAAAUCUAAUAGACAAUUUGUCAUUAACAAAUGAAAAUUAUAAGGUGGCUUUAGAUAUCUUAAAAAAAAGAUAUGGCAACAAUUUAGUUAUCAUAAAUUCUCAUAUUAAAGGGUUAAUGGAAAUGCCACAAAUUAUAAAAGGGCACGUGGACCAAAUAAGGUCAUUUUUGACAAAAAUUAGGCAACAUUUAAAUUCACUUAAGGCGUUGAAACAGCCUGUAGAAUCUUGGGACAUUUUGCUUGUGUACAUUCUUUGUCAAAAAUGGGAUUUUACAACACGCAGGGCAUUUGAACUUGAAAGGGAUGGUACAGUGUUGCCAACUGUGGAAGGUUUUCUUGAAUUUUUUGAGAAACGAUGCAUGGCAUUAGAAAAUAUUACUGAUAGUGAAAGGUCAAAACAAGUUAAGUGUCAAUAUCUAGGGAAAAGAGAAAAAUCAUUAUCUUUUGUAGCAACACAGCAAAAUUAUAAGCAGCAUCAUUUAUUUUGCAAUGUAGAAGGGCAUUUUAUAAAUAGAUGUUUUAAAUUUAAAGGAAUUGGGCUCAUACAGAAAAGGGAAUUUGUUCAGGGACAUAAGCUCUACUACAAUUGUUUGGGUAAUAAUCAUGGUGUAGCACAAUGUAAAUCUACAGGGUGUAACAUCUGUAAAAGAAAGCAUAAUACACUUUUGCAUGAUGAGAAUUUCAGCAAUAAAAAUAAAAUACAAGAGCAAAAACUCGAUCAAAAUAUAAAUGUUAAUAGGGAUAAUCAAGCGGAUUCUCGAGGGGAUAAUGCUGCUAGCGCAAGUACCACAGAUAUUCAAAGAACAUUACAUAUUCAAGGACUCAAAUCACAUGUAUUACUAGCUACGGCUAUUGUUCAUUUAUGGGCUAGGGAUGGGAAGCUGAUAAAGGCUCGUGCAGUUCUCGAUUCAGGGUCACUGUCUAGCUUCAUAGCUUCGAGUUUGUUACAAAGGUUAAAGGUUCAACCAUAUAAACAAACAUUAACUAUUGGUGGUAUAAGGAAUAGUGUUACCCAGGUGAAUGACAUGGUUGACAUUCAACUGCAAUUGGGUUCUUUUAACAAUAAAACUGUCACUACUAGUUGCUACAUAUUAAAAACUGUAACAUGUCCUUUGCCACAUGUAACUAUAGAUAUAAAUAACCUUAGCAUUCCUGGCAAUUUCAAACUUGCCGACCCAUAUUUUUUCAAGACAUCCAAGAUAGAUAUGCUUAUUGCAGCUGACAUUUAUUUUGAUUUGCUUUUACCGGGUUUAGUGAAACUGGGGGAUGGGUUACCUGUUUUGCAAGAGACCCAGUUGGGGUGGUUGGUAUGUGGAGCUGUGUCAGCUCUGUCAAGUAGUCAUCAUCAGGUAGAUUUGCCACUUUAUAAUAAAAGUAACGUUUUUAAAUUGGGCGAUUCUUUAUCCAUGGCAAUUAAAAGAUUUUCUUCUCUAAAGAAAAGAUUUUUACAUAACCCCGACAUAUUUCUUGAAUAUAAAAAAAUUAUUAAAGAAUAUGUUUCAUUGGGUCAUGCAAGACUUAUAAAUUAUAAUUUUGAUCAAAAUAAGGAUGAGGUAGAGAUUCAAAGGAACUUUUUACCGCACCAUUGUGUAAUAGGGGAGUCAAAUUUAACGUUCAAUCUGAAGCGGUUUCCAACUCAGCCGGAGCUGUUUGACAUUUUAUGUAGAUUUAGGACCUUUCAAUAUGUCAUAGCUGCGGAUAUUAAAAAAAUGUAUAGGAUGGUGAGAGUGAAUCCUGAACAAUGUUUUUUGCAAAACAUUAUUUGGAGAGAUUCUCCAAGGGACAAAUUUAAAUGCAUUGAGCUUCAAACGGUCACUUAUGGCACUAACUGUGCUCUAUAUCUUGCAACAAGAUGCUUAAACAAAUUAAGUGAAGAUAGGGCGUUAGAUUUUCCUUUAGCAUCUCAAGCGCUGUUGCAACAGUGUUUUAUGGACGAUAUUUUAGGAGGGGGUAAUUCCAGGGAAGAGGCCAUUGAGUUGUUGACACAGCUCACACAAUUGUUAGGUUCAGCAGGAUUUUACCUGCACAAAUUGGCAUCAAAUGACAUUUCUUUGUUAAAGGAUAGAAAUAAUUGUAUCAAGGAAAUAGAGUUUAAAGAUGAAAAUUCAUCUAAUAAAAUGUUGGGUCUAUCUUGGUCUCCUUUUAAAGACCAUUUUAAAAUACUAGCUUCAGUUAUUAAGGAAGAUAGUAAGUUUACAAAAAGGAUUGUGUUGUCAAAUAUUGCACAAAUGUUUGAUCCGUUGGGGCUUAUAGGGCCAGUAGUAUUAUUAGCAAAAAUUUUCAUGCAACAAAUUUGGGUUAGCAAAAUAGAUUGGGAUGAGGAUCUUCCUUUAAAUUUGUUGGAAAAAUGGAAGGGUUUCGUUGUGUGUUUUCCGGAUUUAGGAAAACUAAAGAUUUCUCGAUUAUUAUUUUUGGGUUCCCGAAAUUUGCUUGAAAUCCAAGUUCAUGGAUUUUCAGAUUCUUCAACAAAGGCAUAUGGAGCAUGCAUUUACGUGAAGGGUAUUUAUGAAAGUGGCGAGGGUAAUUCUGUGGACAGACUCCAGCAUUGUUUUAUGUUGGUUAAGACACCUUCACGAUGGACGACUUUCGUCGCAAAUCGUGUUUCUGAGAUACAGGAAGUAACUACUAAUUUUGAGUGGAUACAUGUCAGCUCGGAGAAUAAUCCAGCGAAUUACGUUUCACGUGGAGCUUUCCCAGCCGACUUACUUUCAUGCAACUUAUGGUGGAAUGGGCCAACAUUUUUGAGAGAGAAUAAGGGAUUUCCAAAGAAUGAGCCAAAUAUUUCUUUAGCUACGCCUGUACCGGAAGAGAAAAAGAUUGUCCUAGUUCAAUCCUUUCAGCAGGAUUUGACGAUAAUUUGGGAACGCUAUUGUAGUUUUUCUUUUUUACAAAGAGCUGUGGCUUGUUGUUUCAGGUUUUCAAUAAAUUGUAAAGGGGAAAAACAAUUGGGUCUUUUGACAGUUGAUGAGCUGGAGGUGUCGCUCAAGGCUAUCCUUAGAUUGGUACAAAAAGAAGCAUUCGCUCAGGAAAUUGUCUAUUUGUGUAAUUUAAAAUUAAACGGGGAGGAAAAUAAGGACAAUUUGGUAUUCAAAAAAUGGAAAUUUAUACCACCCAACAGUCCUCAUUGGGGCGGAUUGUGGGAGGCGGGUAUUAAAGCCACAAAAACAUUUCUGAAAAAGAUUGUAGGUGACAACCAAUUAUCAUUUGAGGAGUUUUCUAUGGUUCUCGCCCAAAUAGAGGCAAUUUUGAACUCGAGACCUUUAUGUCCGGUUUCGAGUGAUCCGAACGAUUUUUGUUGUUUAACGCCUUCUCACUUCUUAAUCGGAGAACCUUUGACUAGUUAUCCUGAACGAGACUUGCUGUCUGUUUCAGAGAAUCGAUUGACUUAUUGGCAGCAGUGUAUUAAGAUACAGCAAGCCUGUUGGAAGCGUUGGUCAACUGAAUAUUUGAACCGGCUACAGAACCGUCCGAAGUGGUUUGUACCUUCAAAGAAUUUACAGAUCAAUUCUGUGGUUCUGUUGAAAGAGGAUAAUGUACCGCCCUUAAGGUGGAAUAUAGCACGAGUCCUAGAGGUUUUUUGGGGUAGUGACAAUAAAGUGUUGCGUGUUGCUAAGAUUAAAACCAAAGACGGGGAAUUUAUAAGACCAAUAGCAAAGUUGUGUCCUUUGCCGUACGAUACUAAUUGA